AUGAUGGUGUCACGCGCCAACAUUGCUAGAGCUCGCCGGCUGUUGCCAGUGGUCGUUGCCGUCUUCCUGACGGUUUCCGUCAAGGCCGCACCCGUCAAUUCCACAGUUGAAUCCGCCGUGAAUGCUGGUGAGGAAAGUAGGCCACCACGCUCCACCGCUCCCUUUUCAUUCGACUCAAGAGCCAUCUCGUCUUCUUCUUGGCGAUUCACGUCAAUCCACCCACCCACCGUGAACAAUGGGGCCCUCCUUUUCCCCUUCCUUCCCCGUCCUUACCCUUCCGUUCCCUACUUUCUCCUUCCCAUCCCCCCUCCUUUCCCUUCCUUUCCCUACUUUCUCCUUCCCCUUCUCCUUCCUCCCCCUUCCGUGAACCGUGAUGAUUACUCCCGGCAGAGAUCAACGGCCAGAAUGCUACGAGCCGGCAUCUGUGGUUCAGCGGACAGUGGUUCAGCGGACAGUGGUUCAGCGGACAGUGCUUCAGCGGACAGUGCUUCAGCGGGCAGGGUCUCAGAGGAGAUUGUCUCAGAGGAGAGUGUCUCAGGCGAGUCAGAGUGGGUGAAGAAGCUCGGCUGCCACGGCCCUCCCUGCCCCGCCUUCGGCUCAUGCACCGCCCGCUUCCCCAACGUGCAGGCCUGCUGGAACCCGCACCUCGUGGACGAACCCGAUACUGAAAUUGCCCCUCCUAUAAACUGCCCCCUUAAACAGAAUAGCACCGCAUUGGAGAAGUGGAGGAAAGGAACAGGGAGGGCGCCGUUCGAUGAGACGUGCUCGAACAGAAAGGAUUUCAAUGCGCACGGGGCCACUGCGCUGCAGGUGAUGCGGCUGGAGGACGUGUUUGUGACUGACAGCGGGGUGAAUCUCAACCGCUCACACGUGUUCGUCAGGAACGGGUGCUGGCGCUUCCCUGAAAUGGCCAAGUAUGAGGCGAACCACAUGGUGCACGAGGUGCCAGCGGUGUUCAACUGGGCGCACCAACCGGGCAACAACUUCUACCACUUCCUCAUUGAGCUCGUUCCGCUCUUUCUCGUCUCCGCGCCCCUCAUGGCAUCUACGCUGCAGCAUGUGCCUGUGCUCGUGAAGCAUAAGCAGGUGCGUUGGUACGAGCAGCUGGGCGCUCCCCUCAUCGGCAUCCCAACAGAUCAGAUUCGCCUGCUGCCCACAUUCGGCAACGACCUAUUUCACGCCGAUGUGGUGUACCAGCCCAUAUACCAAGACUGCGACCAUCCCAGCAGACCCCUCUGGCGGUUGCUGCGCCGGCGCCAUCUGCUGCACCCCACAGGCCUGCCUCUCUUCAACCCCGACUGGACCUACCGCAGCCACCGCCCGCUCUCCCUUUCUGAAGCGCGCUCCUUCCCCUCCGACUGGGUGGUGGUGCUGGCAAAGCGCCCGGAAGGGCAGAAACGUUCGAUGGUGAAUUUCCGAGAGGUGGAGGAGGAGGUGGUGCGGCGGUUUGGGCGAGAGAGAGUGGUUGUGUUUAACGGGUCGCUGCCGAUUCUGCAAGCCCGUGCACUCCUGUCACGAGCACGUCUCUACAUAGCAGCCCACGGAGCGGCCCUCACCAACAUGAUCUUCAUGCCGGAACAAAGCUCGGUGCUCGAGAUUCGCCCAGAAGGCUGCCAUGCUACAGUCUUCGAGUCGCUGGCCUCUGCCUGCUCCCUGCGCUACCACCUCGUGCUCACCAAGGGUGAUUGGUUCUCCCCCUUUGUGGCUAAUGUGAGGAGUGUGGCUCAGGUCUUUGAUGCUGUCCAGGCACGAAUGCGCAAGGAGGAUGGUGGAGGUGCGAGGUUGCCUUUCUCAGCCGAACAUUUAUGA